AUGAGCAGGCCCCCCUGGAAGAGUCCGCAGUGUGAGAUGGUGCAGCCCAGCGGGGGCCCGGCUGGGGACCAGGACGUGCCGGGUGAAGAGCCUUCUCUGGGGAAGCCAGCCAUGCUCCACCUGCCUUCGGAGCAGGGUGCUCCUGAGACCUUCCAGCGCUGCCUGGAGGAGAAUCAAGAGCUCCGAGAUGCCAUCCGGCAGAGCAACCAGAUGCUGCGGGAGUGCUGUGAGGAGUUGCAGCGGUUCCAGGGCAGCCAGAGGGAGGAGAAGGAGUUCCUCAUGCAGAAGUUCCAGGAGGCCAGGAAGCUGGUGGAGAGACUGAACCUGGAGAAGCUGGACCUGAAGAGACAGAGGGAGCAGGCCCUACAGGAGGUGGAGCACCUGAAGCGAUGCCAGCAGCAGAUGGCUGAGGACAAGGCCUCGGUGAAAGCCCAGGUGACGUCCUUGCUGGGGGAGCUCCAGGAGAGCCAGAGUCGCUUGGAGGCUGCCUCCAAGGAUCGGCAGGCUUUGGAGGCCAGGGCCCGGGCAGCCAGUGAGCAGGCCCGGCAGCUGGAGAGCGAGCGGGAGGCGCUGCAGCAGCAGCACAGCGUGCAGGUGGACCAGCUGCGCAUGCAGAACCAGAGCAUGGAGGCUGCUCUGCGUAUGGAGCGCCAGGCUGCCUCUGAGGAGAAGAGGAAGCUGGCGCAGCUCCAAGCAGCCUAUCACCAGCUCUUCCAAGAUUAUGACAACCACAUGAAGAGUAGCCUCGUGAGUAAUGAGCGAAACCGAGGAAUGCAGCUGGAAGAUCUCAAGCAGCAGCUCCAGCAGGCCGAGGAGGCCCUUGUGGCUAAGCAGGAAUUGAUCGAUAAGCUGAAGGAAGAGGCUGAGCAGCACAAGAUUGUGAUGGAGACCGUUCCGGUGCUCAAGGCCCAGGCGGAUAUCUACGAGGCUGAUUUCCAGGCUGAGAGGCAGGCCCGGGAGAAGCUGGCCGAGAAGAAGGAGCUGCUUCAGGAGCAGCUGGAGCAGCUGCAGCGGGAGUACAGCAGGCUGAAGGCCAGCUGUCAGGAGUCGGCCAGGAUUGAAGAUAUGAGGAAGCGGCAUGAGGUCUCGCAGCCCCCUGCCCAAGCUCACCAGUCCUUUCACCACGCCUUGUUCAGCCAGAGGAGAAGCCCCCCCGAGGAGCCGCCUGACUUCUGCUGCCCCAAGUGCCAGUAUCAGGCUCCUGACAUGGACACCCUGCAGAUCCACGUCAUGGAGUGCAUUCAGUAG